UACAUCAAACGUAUUCUCUAGAGAUAUUAUAUUGAAUACUUUUGUAUAGUGUAAAGUGUAAACCGUAGCUACUAUAGUUAGAAACAUAUUAUUAUUAUUCCAAGAAUCAUUACAUAUAGCUUUAUUUUAAUAAAUAUGAUAUAUCUUUAUUCUUUUAGAUGGUAAUUUUAACUAACAAUCAAUAUUUUAAUCUCUUUCUAAAAAAAGCAAUAUUUUUAACUUAACAGAAAAUAUUACAAUAAGAUGAAUAUAUUUUCUCCAAGUGAAGAAACACAAUCGUUGUUAAAAAACAGUCGUUUGAAUAUGAAAUGGAAUAAUAAAGUGCUCAAGUGGACUUUUACAAUAGUCUUGAUUGGUUUGUUGUUACUAGGUGCUAUUUAUCUAGUGGGCAUUUUUAAUAAGAAUAGAAUCCAGCUGGAAUCUAAUUCAACUAUAAAGAAAAAAAAUUCACUACACAUCAUAAGUAUUGCAACCACAAACGAUGAUUUCCUUAAGAAAUGUGCUCCUCGUGUGAAAUGUGAUCCAAAUGGCAAAUAUAGAAGUGCAAAUGGAUCUUGUAAUAAUUUAGAGACUCCCACAUGGGGUGCCGCAAAAACACCAUUUCUUCGUAUGAUCGAUGCUAAUUACAGUGACGGCUAUUAUGCGAUACGAUUGCAAACAAAUGGAAGUGCAUUACCUAGUGCAAGGAUGAUAAAUGUUAACGUUUUUCUGAAUCAUGAAACAUAUCACGUUGACGAAAAUAAUGUACUCUUAUUUCCAUUUGCACAAUUAGUAGCCCAUGACAUAUCGGGUAUGCCAAAUGAUGACAUAUUAGGAGAGAAUGGCUUAGCAAUUGAUUGUUGUUCGGCUGAAAAUAAAAAAAAGAAAUAUGCACAAUGUUAUUUGAUUUUGGAAUCACCUGAUGAUCCUGUUUAUAGUGCUUUUCAUACAACUUGUACUGGUUUAUUCCGAGCAAAGACAUCAAGGAAUUACAAUUGUUCAUUGUACCCCACAACGUUUAUCAAUACCAAUUCACAUUUUAUCGACGGGUCUGAAGUAUAUGGAUCAAAUGAAGAUGAUGCGCUGAAACUUAGAAUUAUGCAUGGUGGAAGACUGAAUUUCUCAAUUGGUGACAAUGGUCAAAUGUUCUGUCCUCUUAUAGCGAAUAAUAUAGUUAAGGAACUACCAAUCGGAAGUCAAGAUAGCGGUAUUAAAUAUGAUACAGGAGAUCCAAACAAUGGCAAUCAAAAUUUAGGAAUUACUGCAAUGCAGACCUUAUUCUUAAGGUUUCAUAAUUAUGUUGCUUUAAAGCUCUCGACUUUAAAUCCAUUUUGGUCUGAUGAAAUUGUUUAUCAGGAGUCAAGAAGAAUUGUCAUUGCAACUAUUCAACGUAUCAUAUAUGAAGAUUUUUUACCAAUUAUUAUUGGAAACGAUUUUCAAGAAAUCUAUGGAUUAAAUAAACCAAAUAUCUAUGAUCCUAGAAUAAAUCCCUCGACGUCUCAAGAAUUUUCAACUGCUGCUUAUCGAGUCCUACAUACAAUUAUACCAGCUCAGUUAAAUUUUAURAACAAAAAUUACAAAAUAGAAAAUUCGGCAAAAAUUACUGAUUGGAUGUUAGUUACCGACCCUGUAUUUCCUAUUGAUAAUAAUUUCGAUAAAUUAUUAAAAGGGUUUAUAGAGACUCCCGGUCGAAUUGCUCAACCUUCUUACAAUUUCUACAUAUCCAACUUCGUGUUCCCUACAUUGAACAAUGCUUUAUUAGCAGGACCUAACUUACUCGAAAAUGACUUUCUUUAUACACCUCAGUUCAAUGGUCGUGAUAUGCUAUCAAUUGAUAUUGCAAGGGGUCGUGAUGUAGGCCUCCAACCAUACAAUCAGGUCAGGCAUUUUUGCGGAUAUCCAUUGGCCAAAGAUUUUGAUGACUUGGUGGAUCUCAUACACAUAAAAGUUAUAGCCCAAUUAAAAGAACUUUAUAACUCAGUGGAUGAUAUUGACUUAAUGGUAGGUCUUUUAUUGGAAAAACAUAGUGACGGUGCAAUUGUGGGUCCAACAACACAGUGUUUAAUUGCCGAUGGUUUUUAUCGAUACAAAGCUGGUGAUCGCUUUUUCUACGAUGUACGAGGACAAUCCGGUAGCUUCACCGAUGAUCAACUGAAAGAGAUUAAGAAAAUUACUCUCGGUCAUGUCGUAUGUGCUACUUCAAACGUAGAUCAUGUACAGAAGGACAUGUUUAAGAUGGUCGAUCACAAUUUAUUUCCUACACUCAAACGAAAAUGUGAUAAGGAGUUCCAUUUGGACUUUAAAGACUGGGAUGAAUCAAAUGGUCGACCAGAGUUGUGAAUUGAUCGAUUUAAAAUAGAUAUUUGUUGUAUUUAAAUAUAUACAUAUAUAAUUUAUUAUGUGCCUAUAAAGUAUAAAAUA